GACGCUAGAGCGGAAGAGACAAGAUGGGCCAUCAGCAGCUCUACUGGAGUCACCCCAGAAAGUUCGGUCAGGGAUCUCGAUCCUGCCAGGUUUGCUCGAACAGACAUGGUCUGAUCCGCAAAUACGGACUGAACAUGUGCCGCCAGUGCUUCAAACAGAACGGCAAGGACAUCGGCUUCAUCAGGCUGGAUUAAACAUCUUCUUGUGCA